AUGACCCUCUCAGCCUCAGCAAUCAUCGUCAUCGUCGUGGUCGUCGCCGCGCUAUGUGUAACCAUCCUCUGGACAUUCAGCGGCUACUAUCGACGCACAUCUACGAUGGAAGAAGCAAGCAACCAAAUUUCUCACGAACAAGACGCAUACAUGCGGCAAGUCCGCCAACGAAAUCACGAAUACGCUUACUCCGAGUCAGUCUUCGGUGGUGGGCGCACGUCACGGACAUAUUCAUCGAAUCCGAAUAAUAUUGAUACGACGACACCGAAUACGCCUAUGACACUUGCAGGAGGAACUGGGACUCCGGGAUGGGGGGCAAAAAGGACGAACAGCAAUGGGAAACAGAGUCUGGGUCAGGGUUCAGCGAACAUCCUGCAGCAGGAGAAGGAUGGGUCGAGGGUGGAUUAUUCGACGUAUGAAUCGGCGGAGUAUUUUGAGCAGUCGCCUUAUGAGAGUAACGAUUACUAUCAUGGGUAUGAGCAGCAACCGCAGCUGAAUGAAAAGGCUCAUCAUGUUCCACCGGAACAACAAGUUUGA